AUGUGUAUAAGNGAGGAAGUGAGGAAAGUUUCCAGUGAGGCGGAGGAAGUGAGGAAAGUUUCCAGUGAGGCGGAGGAAGUGAGGAAAGUUUCCAGUGAGGCGGAGGAAGUGAGGAAAGUUUUUAGUGAGGCGGAUGAGGCGGGGGAAGUGAGGAAAGUUUCCCGUGAGGCGGAGGAAGUGAGGAAAGUUUUUAGUGAGGAGGAAGAAGUGUGGAAAGUUUCCAGUGAGGCGGAGGAAGUGAGGAAAGUUUCCAGGGAGGCGGAGGAAGCGAGGAAAGUUUCCAGGGAGGCGGAGGAAGUGAGGAAAGUUUUCAGUGAGACGGAGGAAGUGAGGAAAGUUUCCAGUGAGGAGGAGAAAGUGGGGAAAGAUUCCAGUGAGGCGGAGGAAGUGAGGAAAGUUUCCAGUGAGGCGGCGGAAGUGAGGAAAGUUUCCAGUGAGGCGGAGGAAAGAGAGCGCGACCGAGAGAGAAAAAGAGUGGGUGCAACGAGGACGAACGAGAAAAAGAGAGGAGAGAGGGAGCAAGAGAGGACGAGUGAAAUGAGGAUAGAGGGCAGGAGAGGACGAGAGAGUGAGAGAGAGACAGAGCAAGAGAAGACACGUGAGAAAGAGGAGUUGGAGGAAAAGAGGACGAGUGAGAGAGAAGAGAGAGAGAACAAGAGAAGACGAUUGAGAGAGAGGAUAGAGAGCAAGAGAAGACGAGUGAGAGAGAGGAGAGAGAGCAAGAGAAGACGAGUGAGAGAGAGGAGAGAGAGCAAGAGAAGACGAGUGAGAGAGAGGGGAGAGAGCAAGAGAGGACGAGAGAGAGAGAAGACAGAGCAAGAGAAGACGAGUGAGAGGGAGGAGAGAGCAAGAGAGGACGAGUGA